AUGCAUCGCACCUAUUCUAUGCGCCAGUCGCGCGCCCCGACCGCCGCGCAGAUUGAGAGCCCCCCGCCCCCAUUGUCCACAACAAAGUCCAACCGCUGGCUAGGAAAGGGUGGCAUCGGACAUGCCUUCCGUAAAAAUGCCGCAGGUGCCUUCGGCCCCGAUCUCGCGCGCAAGCUGUCGCAGCUCGUCAAGAUGGAGAAGAACGUCAUGCGCAGCAUGGAGCUCGUCGCCCGAGAGCGCAUGGAGGUCGCUCAACAAUUGUCCCUGUGGGGUGAGGCCUGCGACGAGGACGUGUCGGAUGUCACGGAUAAGCUCGGCGUCCUGAUCUACGAGAUCGGUGAGCUGGAAGACCAAUUCGUCGACCGCUACGACCAGUAUCGCGUGACCAUCAAGAGCAUCCGUAACAUCGAAGCUUCCGUGCAGCCCAGCCGAGACCGCAAGCAAAAGAUCACCGACGAGAUCGCCAAGCUCAAGUACAAGGACCCCCAAUCCCCGCGCAUCGUUGUUCUCGAGCAGGAGCUUGUCCGCGCCGAGGCCGAGUCCCUGGUCGCCGAAGCGCAGCUCUCCAACAUCACCCGCGAGAAGGUCAAGGCCGCGUUCCAGUACCAGUUCGACGCGCUGCGCGAGCACUGUGAAAAGGUCGCCAUCAUCGCCGGGUACGGUAAGCAUCUGAUCGACCUGAUCGAUGACACGCCCGUGACCCCUGGCGAGACCCGCCACGCAUACGACGGCUACGACGCCAGCAAGGCCAUCAUCCAAGACUGCGAGGAUGCGCUCAGCAACUGGGUGACCUCCAAGGCAGUCGUCAAGUCCGGUCUCUCCACGCGCUCGCGCACCCUGUCCCAGCGCCGCAGCAACGCGAUCAAGAACCGCGACGGCGUCGACCUCUCCGGCCAGGACCAGCCCCUAGAGGGAGACCAGGAUUCGUGGCUGCCCGCCGAUCAGCACCCCAACUACGACGAUGACGAGGAAGGGAUCCUUGAAGGCGAGGCGCGUGGCCGUGAAGAGGAGCGUGAGCCCAUGGGCGUAUAA